AUGGCUUCCUCUUCGCAGGAGAAUACCCCAAAUAGCUGUCAGAAUGCCAAUGACGAGAAACCUUCCACCGACGACCAAUAUGUCGAUGCGAUUGACUCUCCCAGAGACGAGGAAUCAGCAAUAGAUUACAAUCCCAACAAUCCAGACAUUACCGAAUCCAAAGACCUCACCAAAACACGCACCAACGGCAGCCAUAUCGGCACCCUAACCGCAAGAACCCUCUCGCUCGUCCGGACAAGAGAAUCCGGCAAAGACAUCGGUCCUCCUCCUGAUGGUGGCUUCCAAGCAUGGCUGCAAGUAGGCCUGGCGCAUAUGGUCAUCUUCAAUACCUGGGGCUACAUCAACAGUUUUGGUGUGUUCCAGACAUACUAUGUUGAGAUGCUUGGUCAUCCGCCGUCCGAUAUCUCCUGGGUUGGAAGUAUACAGAUCUUCCUGCUUUUCUUUGUCGGGACCUUUGCUGGUCGUGCGACGGAUGCCGGCUACUUCAAGCUCACCUUGGCGGUAGGGGCUGUGCUGGAGUUGUUCAGUAUCUUCAUGACUUCUCUAUGCACCAAGUAUUGGCAGCUAUUCCUAGCGCAGGGUCUUGGCCAGGGUCUCGGCUGCGGACUCAUGUUCUGUCCCACUGUCGCUCUGAUGCCAACAUACUUUACCAAGAAUCGGGCCAUUGCUAUUGGUAUCUCCGCAUCUGGGUCAGCAACAGGGGGCCUCGUCUUCCCCGCAGUGGUCAUGCGACUCUUACCCCGGGUGGGUUACGGAUGGACCAUGCGGACACUGGGAUUCAUUUCCCUCGCCACACUAAGCCCGAGUGUGUUCUUCCUGCGCCAGCGUCUGCCACCUCGUAAGAGCGGCCCGCUGGUCGAAUGGGGAGCGUUCAAGGAACUACCAUACCUCCUCUUCGCCAUCGGCAUGUUCCUCAACUUUUGGGGCCUGUAUGUCGGAUUCUUCUACAUUGGCAGCUUUGGCCGCGACAUCAUCGGCGUCUCCCAGACUGUAUCUAUCGAUCUCCUCCUGGUCAUGAACGGCGUCGGACUUCUGGGUCGCCUGAUUCCCAAUCUCAUGGCUGACAAGUACACCGGCCCACUGAACAUGUUGAUCCCGUUCAGUCUAGCGACUGGUGUCGUUGCGUACGGCUGGAGCGGCGUGAAAAGUCUAAGCGGACUAUACGCCUUUGCUGUCUUCUAUGGUCUGUCUGCAGCCGGUAUCCAGUCACUGUUCCCGGCGACGCUGAGCACGCUGACGACGGAUCUGAAGAAGACUGGGGUACGGAUGGGAAUGGUGCUUAGUGUUGUCGGUGUUGCGGCGCUGAUUGGAUCGCCUAUUGCCGGUGCAUUGGUUCAGGAAGGCGAUGGUGAGUAUCUGUAUGCGCAGAUGUUCAUGGGGAGUGCUAUUGUCGCUGGAUCGAUGACUUUGGUCACGGCGAGGAUAGCCAAGUUGGGAUGGACCUGGAAUCGGGUAUAA